GUUGUUAGAGGCUUCAUGUCAAAGGCCACGCUCCAAAUGCCCAUGUUGAAAACCAUACAAUGGAAAUUUAUGACUGUAAGAUGUGCUUCUGGACCUACAAGGCGAGAUAUUACUGAAGGCCCCCCUCCACAAAUCAAUGGAACACCUAAAACGGAAGCUGUGACGGAUGAGGACAGGCCAGUUAUUACCACAGGCCCCCCUCCACAAAUCAAUCAAGUACCUCAAAAGAAUGGUGUGACGACGGAUGAGGAGGAGCAGAACGGUGCCAAUGGCUCAAAUCGAAAACGGAUUCCAGCACAAGUUCUGAAGAACCUCUGAUUAAUGAAUAAGCUUAUAGUUCUCUUGCUAUGCUUGUGAUAUUGGUCAACUUUUAAAGUCUUGUGUUACAAAUUCAAUGGUAAUCUUAUAUAUCCUUGAGUUUUUAAACUC